AUGGCUGGAGAUAGCCAAAGUGCGACUGCAUCGCCUCGCAAAAGUAGCAAUGAGUCAAGUCGACUGGGCAGGCUCAAAAGAAGUCUCCCAAAGCUGAUCACUCGGUUCUCGCGCCCUAAGAUUGGUGAGCGCAGCAAGACAGAUGAUGUCGUAAUCAGGAAAGACCAUGGAAAACCAGAAGUAAUUCGACAAGCGGUCUCUGCUGGCGCGCAUGACUGCAGGGCCAUUGAUGCAGAUUGUCAGGCUGGCCCGAGCAAGGCACCAAAUCGAAUGCGAUCAAGUGCUAGCGGCUAUCGUGGUGACCGCAGCGCUUUGUCUACCAGUACUGGACAGUCUGUCAGCAUCGACUGGGCAUCACGAUUGGGCUCUCCUUCCAACAGCGACCGCAAUAGUGAAAGCUGGACGAAUGUUACCACGCCGGAGAAGACUACUGCUGAGCGGUUUGUGCCGAGACCUGGUAUCAUUCCUGAUACUUCUUCGGCUGAAGAUGAGCGAUUCUCAACUGGCUCAUCUACGGACCUGAUGUCGUCGCCAUACGCCCCAAGAAUAUCAGAUGGUACUCCUGCUGAAUCGGUCCGUGUCCACAGCGAAGAAGUACCACCUGGGUCAGGUCUCGAGCGACCCACCGAAGGCAAUGGUCUCAUUAAGACCGCUUCAGCACCAGCAUCCACUCAAGACGGAUCUCUGGCCUACUGGCGUUCUGCUCUUUCGUCCAAGCCGGACAAAGGCAAAGGGAGAGCUUGUGACUACAUUAAAGACGUGGAUGGGCGAGUGUGCAGAAAGAAUGGAGACAGGAAACUCACCAGACCAGCUGCCGAGAUACCCGUCACCCAGAAGGCACUGCCGGUGAUCAACCCCGGUCAUGAUACUUGGGCUGAAAUGUCUUUGCAGCAGAAGAAGAAGCUCAGUGCAAAAGUCAACUCGAACCUCUCCAAAUAUCACUGGUCUGCUGCGGAGGAGCGAAAACAACCUGCUGUUGAGGAACCGAUUGGACCUGCUGGAGAACGUGCUUAUAAGUCAUCGGCGUUCCCAGAUACUUUGUCGCGGAAGGAGAAAGAAAGUAAGAUGGCUUUGCCGCCUGUUGUUACGAGUAUCAAUGGCAUUUCGACGACUAGGAUUGUGCCUGCUGGUUUGCCGGCUGCGGUGCCUGAGGUCGAGGAUGAUGAUGAACUUGAGAGUGAUGCAAACUCCAUCUCCUCCGUCCUCUCCGCCGCCUCCGGCAGCCGAUCCGGCUACUCCAUUGCCUCAGAAAGCUCCUCCAGUAACCUAAUCCCGCGCCAAAGACCUCGCGACUCUGCCCGAAUGUCUCGCACAGUCGGUGGAGACAUGACGCAUUACAGCACUGGCUCCAUCGAUCUGGAAGCUCUCAAUUCGAAGCAUGCGAAAGCUGCAGAUUUUGAGAAAUUCGCGAAGAAGAAGUCUUCGGGCCCGAAGAAGGCGAGUGCGGGUGCUACUAAUGUUGGUGAUGAUGGAGAGGACGGAAUGCAGAAAUUGGAAAUGUGGAGGACAAACUCGAAAGCGGAGGGAGCGAAGUUUGUGAUUUGUCAGAGUCCGGAUGAGAUGAAGGAGGAGGUGGGAAUGUGGUGGUGA